AGCACCGUCGCUGCAUGCACUGAUGCCUCGCUCGUGUUCUGCGGCAGGCCGGGUGCUGGGACGACUUCCAAGCGUCAGCACGCUGCUCAUCCAGCAGCCUGACGCUGUUCAUCCCGAAGUACGGCUGCUGUCCCUGCGAAUUCCGGUCCAGUACAAGCUACUUGCGUUCCUUGGGUCCGUGGAUCGUUUCUCGUGUUCAGUCGGUGUGGCUUUUCUGACUUGCACCAAGCCUGCAUCUUGCGGGGUAACGGCCGUCACAGCCAUCAGCAUGCACGCCUGCAGCCACCUCAUCAACCUCGCUCGUAUCGCCUUGCCUCAAUUCUUGACUUUUCUCAAGCUUUUCCAGAAUUCUUCUACCGCCUCCUUGCCCGCCGUCACUCCAUCUUUUUCUCGCAUCAGGGAUCAGAUCAUCAGCCCUGCGACUACAGCGAAUGCAACUGCCGCAAGACACCUUGCUCUCUUCACCCCGCCUUGUCUAGCUUCUAGACUCGGAGUAGGGCCUUGACGGGGUUAGCUGCAUCGGUCUAGGACUUGGUUAGCUUUUAUCGACUUAAUUCGGUAUAUCGAGACCAGGUCAAUGGCGCCAUCACUGUGUGACUGCUUGACUGCGAAUUUUUCGCUGGCCGGCAUCACCGAUCUUAUACGUUUUCUUGGCGUCGGGAAUCAUCUGGUUUGCAGCGGAUUCCUUUGCUCAACCACGCUGUGACUCGUGAGGUGGUGCGCUCAUCUGUUGGUCCCUGCCACUCUUCUGUCUAGGACCCAAUCUGAUUCAGUGAACUUCCUAGGAUGCCAUGUUCAUCCAGGUCAGGGUAUAGAGUGGAAUAGAACAGUAACCUCCGAUAUGUGCAUGCCGUAUCUGCGUGCAGUUCCAGGCGAAGGAUCUCCCUGGUAAACGGG